AUGGCUAGACGCCAGCGGCCGCAAGAUCGGGAUCUAAGGCAAGGUUCGGAGAGCUCUAGUGCUGGCAGUUGGCGAUCCCAUGAUACCGCGACGCAGGGGGAUCAUAGUCAUGGCCUAGGCCAGGCUUCUACAAGCCGUCACCCGGUUUCUGUGCGGACUUCGGGCUCCGAUCCAAGACUGCAUCGCGAGGGGAAAGUUGGCGUUGACAAUUAUUUGAAUCUCAGAUUGCGACCGAUCGGAAAGCCACGGUCAUCUUCAAGGAGUAAUAGGAGUGCUAGGAGUACUAGGAGUGCCAAUCGCCGAUCAUAUUCCCCCGACGUGUCACCAACCGACACGAAGGUUGGUUUUGGAAGCCAUAGGAAAGCCCUCGCGCUUCUCGGUGCUGCAGGCUAUCCCCCGCCAUAUUUCCCGGAUAUCCCUCGCGAGACCCAGCGUAGGCGCUCGCCGUCAUGGACACCACCCUCAUCGUUGGAACCAAGCGCGUUGAAAUCAGCCCGGCCGCCAGGAACGUUUCUGAAUGAUGGUUCCGACCAAGAAACCUCUCCCGCCUUUCCGCCCACAGCCACCGACCACGUUGGCCGCAGUGAUUCCCCCGACAACCCCAUGGAACCCGACCAUCGUAGACCGUCUGCUGCAAGUGCCACGACAAUUAGUAGCCAAGGAUCCAAAGAUAGUACUGCUCGCUUCCACAAGUGCCUGCAGCGUUUCUUUGGAGAGGACCAGGGCAAUAUAUCGGAUUCGGCUCUCACCCAAGCCCCCAAGGUCCGUGAAAGAAAUAACUCUACCCAUUCCCUGAAACCCAUAACGCGUUCAUUUUCCCCCCAUGGUGGUGGUGGCCCUCGACCACGCACCGCUCUCCCUUCCAGUGAUGUUGCCCCUUGGAUGUAUCAACGGUUCAAUGACAUUUUGAACGACGUAGACCAACCGGUACACGCGGCCUCGACGGAUCCGGAGCUUGCGCAUUUUGCUGGGACGACAGGCGAGAGUAACGUAGAUAAAGAUAGCCAUGUUAACGCCGUCAGACAUCGCCAUUCUCGGAGUGGGGAUGAGAAAUCAGCAUAUCUGGCAACAGAUUUCCCCCAUAUUUUCCAGCCCUCUGAUCAAGAGAACCCCAAACUAGCCUACAGCCGUUUAAAGGAUGGCGCACUCUCCCCGACUAGCUCUUCUCCCACAUUCGCCGCUCGCUCGACCAGCCCUUCACCAAGCGUACGCAGUGGAAAUGGGCAAAGGUCGCCCGGAGGCACAUCCAACAAGCGGUCAUUCUUCACAAAGAUACGACGGCAUCCGAAAGUUCCUAUCGCAAGCUCCCUUCGGCACACGCCUGCUUCGUCGAGGACCGUCCCUGAUGGGAACGCCAAGGGACCAAAGUUUUUAAGACGAGAUGGCUCCCCAGCCAGGCGAGGCCGGAAUGCUAGCUUUGACAGUAUCACGAACACUAAGCCGUGGGAUAUGUCUGAUUCCGACCGCAAGAAAGAAAGCUCUGGGAAAGGAGUAUCCAAGUUCCGUCACCCGCGGUUCCCCUUUAGUCACGAUGGAGGACAAAAGUAUCAAGACAAAAAUCAACGUAGUAUUUUCGAUGAAGAUCGGGUCUGGAAGCUAGACACUGAUCUGUCAAACCUCUCUGGUAUUGUCGCGCAACCCCGUUUAUCACCUACUGAUGUAUACACUGGGCCGCCACACCCUGAACUGAAGGAGAAGGAUUUUCAGAAUCCCUUCGAGGUUUCCAUUGCUGGUGACUGGCACGCUCCUGAGAGUUGGGCAGUGAGAAGAGCACAGGACGAUAUCUUAUCCAGAUUUCCUGGGUUACCUGAUCACAGUAUACCUGUGGAUGAAGAAGGCCGGCCGUACUGUGUCCGCAUAUUCCGCAUCGACUCCACUUUCACGACGCUUUCGGCUACCCUCAACACGACUGUGACGGAAAUAUUAGAAAUGCUGGGCCGAAAGUCAUUCUUGCAAGAUGAACUAAACAAUUACGACAUCGUUUUACGGAAGAAUGAUCUUUCCAGAACACUUGAGUAUGGCGAGAGACCUAUUCUCAUGCAGAAGAGAUUGCUCGAACAGGCAGGAUAUCAACAGUCCGACCGAAUAGCAGAUAUCGGCCGGGAAGACAAUAGCUACCUUUGUCGCUUCACGUUCUUGCCAACUAAACUGUCGGGUUAUUCCAGUCUUGAUACUGAUUUGGGCAUUAACGAGGGUCAAAAGUUCAGCCAUAUUGACCUGUCCGGUCGGAGUCUCAUUACCCUCCCCAUCACCCUCUAUAAAAGAGCGAGCGAGAUCAUAUCCUUAAAUCUCUCAAGAAAUCUAGCACUGGAUAUCCCGAAAGAUUUUAUCCAAAGCUGCAUCAACCUUCGUGAAAUAAAAUAUAUCGGAAACGAAGCAUGGCGCCUUCCAGCAAGUCUAAGCUUAGCGACACGGCUUACCUAUCUAGAUAUCUCUAACAAUCAGCUUGAGAACCUAGACCAUGCAGAGCUUCACAAUCUCCAUGGACUUAUAAGCUUGAAAAUUACGAAUAAUAAGCUGUCCACGCUACCUGCGUAUUUCGGCGAUUUCCCUUUGUUACGAAGCCUGAAUAUCUCGUCCAAUAGUUUCACGUGUUUCCCGGAGUUUUUGUACAAUUUGAGGAACUUGGUCGACCUGGAUAUCAGUUUUAACAAAAUUACAGAAUUGUCGAAUAUCGGACGACUCAAGACGCUGGAGCGGUUGUGGGUGACUAACAACGGACUACAUGGGCCGCUAGGCGAGACCUUCAGAGAUCUUGUGAAUCUCAAAGAGAUAGACGCCCGAUUCAACAGCAUUACUAGUAUAGAUAACAUCACUCAGCUUCCUCGCUUGGAGCACUUGAUGGUUGGACAUAAUACCGUGUCCACAUUUUCAGGGUUCUUUCCAAAGCUACGCACUUUCACCCUUGACCAUUGUCCCGUGACGGAGUUUGAUAUAACCAACCCAGUUCCGACUCUCACGUCUCUCAACAUCGCGUCCGCUAAGCUUGUUCAAUUCAAGGACUCCCUCUUCACGAAUAUCCCAAACCUUACCAAACUCAUUCUUAACAAGAACCAUUUCGUUACCCUUUCUCCUUAUAUUGGGACCCUACGAAAACUCGAGCACUUUAGCAUUGCGAAAAACCCGUUAUCAACUCUACCACCGUCCAUAGGUUGUUUGCAAGAGCUGAAGAAUUUGAACCUUCGUGAAUGUAAUCUCAGCAAACUCCCUGCCGAAUUGUGGUACUGUUGUAAACUGGAGACCCUGAAUGUAUCUUCCAACCUCCUCGAUUCCUUUCCGAAAGUCAGUGACUCACCUCCCGUUCCUCCUAACGAAUUGCCUGUAAAUGGAACUCCCGCAACUACCCCUGGCAUCUCAUCACCGAAUUUCGAAGAACUUGGGAAGUUGGAGGAUUUCGAAACUCGACGACCAAGUUAUGCCUCCGGUGGCCUUCUUAGCGUUGGAAGCUCUCCGAGUAACUCAUACACCAAUAGACAAGUUACGUUGACCGCCCAGGAUGAAAUGAUUAUACUUGCUUCGGGAGAGUUGUGGGACUUCGUUGCACCAGACCUUGUUGUUGAUGUUGCGAGGUCUGAACAUGGAGACUUGAUGAUCGCCUCUCAAAAGCUUCGUGAUCUGGCAAUUGCCUAUGGCGCGACAAAUAAAAUCAUGGUGAUGAUUGCUGGUGUCAGUGAUCUCAAACGACGGGGCGAACGUCCUAAGUUGAGAACCCCAAGUCUGUCUAUGGGCCCAUCGCCACUAGCCGAUGAACACCUUUUCCCUCCGCCAAGCAAAUACAGGAAACGCGGUGCGCCGAGCGACUCAAGACUGGCACGCUUGAAUCGCGUAGAAGCCCCAACUGGCGAGUUGGCAAUUAUCUUCACGGAUAUCAAGAAAUCCACUUCGCUCUGGGAGACUUAUCCAGUUGCCAUGCGCUCUGCCAUCCAAAUCCAUAACGACCUUUUCCGCCGACAGUUGGCACAGAUUGGCGGCUUUGAAGUCAAGACGGAAGGAGAUGCUUUCAUGGUAUCCUUCUCCACAGCAACUGCAGCAUUGCUCUGGUGUUUCACGUGCCAAAGCCAGCUUCUCGAGGCAGAGUGGCCGACAGAAAUCUUGGAGUCUCAGGCAUGCAGGGCACAGUAUGACUCGGACGAUAAUAUUAUAUACCGUGGUCUGUCCGUACGAAUGGGUGUGCAUUGGGGAACACCAGUGUGUGAAAAGGAUCCAGUGACUGGUAGGAUGGAUUACUUUGGCCCAAUGGUGAACCGUGCCUCCCGCAUUUCCGCCGUCGCAGAUGGCGGACAAAUAUUUGUCUCCGCCGAUUUCGUUGCGGAGAUCCAGCGGAACCUCGAGACCUUUGCAGACUAUGAUCAGGUCGGCUCCACCGACGCUUCUGAGGGUGGCUUCGAUGAUUACCUCAGUAACAAUAUACGUCGUGAGUUAUACCAGCUCAGCACCCAAGGGUUUGAAGUGAAGGAUAUGGGCGAGCGGAAGUUAAAGGGGCUUGAGAACCCUGAAUUCGUCUACCUGAUGUAUCCCCAUUCUCUCGCCGGUCGUCUCAACGCACCCUGCUAUUCAAUCGAAGAAGCGGACACUCUGCCCAUUUCCAUAGGCAGGGAUAUGCAUCUCACCAUCGAGGCAGGUCUUGUCUGGCGCCUGUGGACUGUCGCUCUGCGGUUGGAAGCGUUCUGCAGCGCACUAGAAAAUUGUGGCGAAGUUGGUGUGCGACAGCCGGAAAUGAGCCUUCUCAACGUAGUCAAGGCACGGCAUGGGGAAGUUACCGAUGCGCAGGUUUGGAGCUUGAUAGAGCAUCAGGUUACGCGUGUGGAGACAUGCGCGAAUACCCUCACGAUCCGACAUAUGAUCAGACCGUUCAACUCCGCCGCCGCUCUAAAAGACAUCGCUAUUCCCAUGGCGGAUAUCUUGACAGAGUUGCAGGUGCAACUGAGCGAAUUCAAAGCCCUAAAGGAGCAAAUCGAUCCGCCUUCCCUGGCGAGUCAUCAAAUUCCACACCCAGCUGUGUCAGUGUUGAAAAGUGCCAACCAGAGUUCAUCAGCAGUAUCUGAUAUGAUUACCGGUAGUGGUUCCCGUUCUGGUUCAAGUCCUGCAUGA